AUGGACUUUUGGAAUCUGGCAAUAAGCUUUAUUUACUUAUCACAAACUACAGCUGGGAUUCUGGGAAAUUUCUCCCUAAUUUUCUACUAUCUAGUCAUUUAUUGCAGAGAAAACACAUUAAAGCCCACAGAUUGGAUUCUCACGCACCUAAUGGCAGCCAAUGCCUUGAUCAUUCUCUCUACAGGAGUGCCUCAAACAAUGGCAGUUUGGGGACUGAAGCAUUUCUUGAAUGACUUUGGAUGUAAACUACUGUUGUACUUUCAAGGACUUGGUAGGAGUGUGUCCAUUGGUACCACCUGCAUCUUGAGUGUCUUCCAGGCUUUGACCAUUAGUCCCAGGAAAUCAUGUUGGAAGCGUCAUAAAGUCAAAGUUGAGAAGAUCACUGGCUACCACGUCUCCCUCCUUUGGAUCCUGUUCAUCUUGAUUUUUCCAUAUUCGUUUGUUAAUUCGGGCAGCAAAAAUGUGACCAGAAAACAAGAUUUUGGUUACUGCUCCAUUGUAGGAUGGGAUGGAACUGGCCCUUCACUCUAUGCAGCACUGGUGGUGUGCCCUGAAGUCUUCAUUUCUGUGCUCUUGGCGUGGUCAAGUGGAUCCAUGAUUGUCAUUCUGUACAGACACAAGCAGAGGGUUCAACACAUCCGCAGCACUCAUGGUUCCAGCACAAAAUCUCCUGAAUCCAGAGUCACAGAGAAUAUUCUUAUCCUUGUGUUUACCUUUCUGGCUUUUCACACUCUUUCUUCCAUCUUAAGAGGCUACAUUAUUCUUUUAUAUAAUGACAAUUGGUGGUUGGUGAACACCAAUCGCAUCAUUUCUCUCUGUUUUCCAUCAUUUUUACCCUUUGUUCUCAUAUAUCGUUACUCUAUUGUACCCAAAAUUUCUUUGAUAUGGACCUAUCUGCAAUCUUCUACAUGCAGGCUCACAAUCAUUCAAAACACUGAUAAUAAGAGACUCUGGAGGGUCCAGCAGAAUAUGGGACAUCUGUAUCAUAUUUCCUCUCAAGAGUCAGGAAUCAUCGUGGAAGAAGAGGCAGAAAGGCUACAAGAACAAGAGGUGGUUUAUGAUUCCAGAGAAACAGAUUUUGUCUAG